UCCAAUCGAGCACGAGACCUGUCAAAAGCCCUCAAUCAGCGUUUUUAGUUAAAACUAUUAAAUAGUUUUUUCGGGUCAAUGAAGAUGAACAAGAAUCUUCAUACGCCUACAAGUUUAACGGAAUUCGCGCGAGAUUUUGAAGAGGAACCGUCAACUAUAUUCAAUAAAUUAGUGAAUAGGCUAACGACUGGUAUAUAUAAUAGUGGUUCAAGUGGAAGCCAGUCGAAAAAUGAAGCACAAAAUAUAACAAAUGAUUCUACAGUGGAAAACGAAAACGACCAGGAAAGAGACGGUCAGACUCCUGCCAAUAGCUUGAAAAACGCCUUUGCAAGUUUAUCACAAACCUCGGAAUCGCAAUUAGAUAUCAAUAUAGCUCAUAGACGUACUUCAAUAAACGUUCUGAAACGUUUGAGUAACCUUGUAUCUCAGCGGCAAACUAUCUACCAAAAUUACAAACAUACUGAGCUACAAAAACUUUGGAUGCCUGAUUCAACUUCAAUCGAAUGUUACGAAUGCUCUGCAAAAUUUUCUUUUUUCUGUAGAAAACAUCAUUGUCGAUUGUGUGGACAGAUAUUCUGCACUAAAUGUUGCAAUCAAGUUGUGCCUGGGAAAAUUAUCAACUGCACUGGCGACUUAAAAGUGUGUACAUACUGCUCGAAAGUGGUUCUGACAUAUCUUAAAUCAUCAAACAUUGCCGCUGAUUUGAAGUCCGAUCUCAAAGCAUUGCAAGAUGAUCUAUCAAAUAAAUUAUCAACUGGUUCUGUAACACCUCAAAAUGAUGGUGAUUCGACGUCAUUCAACGUACAACGGCGGAAAGUUUCAGUUGGAUAUCAAGAAGAACGUUUUGUUUGCACACAAACUUCAUCCAUGUCCAGUGCUGAUAGGAAAACCAUACUACAACAAUCAAAUUCUUUGAGGGCAUUGUACGAAGAAAUGAUCAAGGUAUUGCCAUCUCAAAAUCGCGGAAUAGACUUGAUAGCGUUCUUGAUUAGCACUCAAAAAUCGUCUAAUGACAGACAAGCUAUUGCCAUUUUAAACGCAAUGGCUGAAGCAGGAUUUCUAAUAGCCCUUUCAGUAAAUUAUACGCAGUUCAACUACACGGAUUCUGAAAGCGACGAAGUUAAUGCGUUCGCGGAAUUUGACGAGCAAGUUGUUUAUAAAUUUCUGUGGUCAGAUGAUAAUUCAUCAAACAAUGGUUCGUACAAACUCAAUGUUAAUUUUCAAUCUAGUUCGGUUCACUUAAUGCGUCCAAUCGAUGCCGAGCAUGAUCUUCCAAAAGAAAUUGUAUCACCGAAUGCAACGGAUGUGUGUGUACCAUUCCCAAACUAUCGACAAGUGGAGAUGGAGAACUCAUUAUUAUGCUCAUCAGGGGCAAAAGCACUGUUGGAAGCAUUUUGUGAAUACGAAGAAAUUUUACUCAGUCAGCUACUUCGGAGUGAAAGUCUAGAUCCAACGUGGGCUAAAACGUUGAUACCGAUAGCUGCAAGAGUGGCAAACACAGUUCUUCCACAAACGUGUGGAUUAGUCGAUGCAAUGGAUAUUCGAAACAACGUAUUUUUCAAAAAAGUUCCUGGUGGUAAACGCCACGAGAGCCAGAUAGUAGGUGGUGUGGUUUUCUCCAAAAAUGUUGUACAUAGACAAAUGAUGACUCGUGUGGACACACCGAAGAUUUUGCUGCUGCAGUGCGCGAUAGCUUAUCAGCGCGUAGAAGGCAAAUUUGUUAGUUUUGAUACAUUGAUGCUGCAAGAAAGAGAUUAUCUCAAAAAUAAGGUUACUAAAAUUCUUAGCCUCGGUCCAAACAUCGUUAUAGUACAUAAAAACGUGGCGGGCAUCGCACAGGAUAUGCUUCGUAAUAGUGGAGUUGCUCUUGUCUUGGACGUUAAGCUUUGUGUUAUGGAAAGGAUUGCCCGUUGUUUGGAGUGUGAUAUAAUGACUUCGAUCGAUUCUAAUGUCGGCCAACCUAAGCUGGGUACCUGUGACUCAUUCCACAUUCAAACAUUCUUCGACGAACAAGGUUCUUCUAAAACGUUGAUGUGCUUGGAAAAAUCGUAUAGUCCUAGAGGAUGUUGCGUAUUGUUGCGGGGUGGUAGCCAAUGCGAACUCAUAAAGAUAAAAAAAGUUAUAUCAUUGUUACUAUUUGCUCGAUAUAAUUGGCGUUUGGAGCUGUCAUAUUUGUGUGACGUGUAUGCACGUCCUGCUUCCCCACGAGGUUGUAUUUUUGAAUCUAAAGAAGCAAGUCCGUCCGAAGAAAUCAAAUCCGAUGAAAUCCUUUUGAAACAUGUUACAACCGAGAAAAAGACCGAAGAUUCAGCGAAGAAAGUAAAUGUUAACAUCGAAAAUGUGGGUGACUUUUCCGACCCAUUACGUGCACUCGAUCUUUCGUCUAGCCUUGUUGAUUUGGAAAGUUCCUUCGAGCUCUCAGCGGAAACUCCGUUCGACAACCACUUCAAAACUGCACUAAGUAGUACCGUGUUAUCGGUAAGUCCAUUCUUAACAUUUCCGUUGCCUUAUCUAGAAACUGAAAGCGGUCGAAAAUGUGCUCUACGUAGUCGCUUCCCAAUAGAACUGCAUUAUUCCAAGCAAUGGAGUGACCGAAUGUACGAUAAAACAGCUUUAUUGGAUUCAAGUCUAUCAGCGGAGGAAACUGUUCAAUUACUGAUGCCUCAUGAGCUUACUUCCUACAAAAUUACAUCAUCUAUAGAUAAUAAUGAUGUGCAAACGAUGUUAGCCAGUUACCGUGCUUCUGGCGGACGAUAUUCCAAGCAAGCUAGUAUGAAAAAAGAUGCAAGCCGAAAACGUCGGGUAACUACUUACCCUCAAAAGUCAAUUGAAGAGUACAUUUACAAAGAUGCACUGGAUCUUGAAUGCCAUCAACGCCUUCCUGUUUUGUUCUGUAGUUUUUACUAUAAUCCUAACACGCCUUCGUCGUUUUGUGCACAGCCAUCGUUCCUGAAUAUGAAGUUUUACGGUCAUAAUGAUAUUAUGCUUGGUGAGUUCUUAGAACGCUAUUGUUUUCGUAGCUCUUAUAUUUGUAAAUCAUGUAACGUGCCGAUGAUGGAUCAUAUACGACGAUAUGUACACUCGCAAGGCUGCGUUCAUGUGAAGCUUUGUGAAGACGUAAACAAGGUAGACACUGGGACAAUAUUACUUACAUCAAAAUGCACAAUUUGUAACCAAGCUACUAAGCCUGUACCAAUGUCCAAUGACACGUGGUGUUAUUCUUUUGCCAAAUACCUGGAGCAACUUUUUCAUGGACAUUCAUACAAACGAAGGGAAAUGGUCGACCAAACAAACUGCAAACAUUCCUUACACCGCGAUUAUGUACACAAUUUUUCAUAUAUGGGAAUCGUUGCCAGUUUCAUGUACUGUUCAGUCAAUAUAUGGGAAAUCAGUCUACCUACUAUGAUAGUACAAUUAGAACCACCGAAAGUCUGCGAUAGUAAAAAAAUAGUUGAGGAAGUGAAAAAUUUCGCAAUUAAAGGAUAUGAGAUAUAUGCAAAAAUAUUCGAUAAGUUAGCAGAUCUUUCGGUCGACACUGAUACAUUUGCGAAACUGAAGAAGAAAGCAAACCAAGAUCAAAUGUUUUUUAAACAACGGGUUGAAUCAGUUCAAACCUUGUUAACAGAGACGAGCAUAUCGACAGAAGAUGUUGAUGAUGCGAUGUUGUUGCUAAAGAAGACUCUGGCAGAAACAAUGGACGAUUGGGAACCAAAAUUGCAUGAAAUAAUGAUGCAAUGCAGAUCAAACCCACCAAAAGCAGAUGUGCUAAGCAUUGAUAAUGGCACUAUUGUUACGGAAGAUUUGGAUUUGGCCAAAGAGGAAGAUCCUACAUCUUUCAACAAGUCCCUUGAUGGGGCACUUGGUACCAAUGAUUCAAAUAUCGAAGCAUCUUCAUCAGAAUCUAUUACCGAGAACAUUAAAUUGGAAGACAAAACUGCAAAAGAGUACGACAAAAAAGGUGUGAAAAGUUUGUUUAGUCAAUUAUUAUCUUCGGCAGAAAAUCCACACAUUUUAAAUUCACCUUUACCAACAAACGAGCAUCACAAUCUCAGUUCGGGUUUGUUUCCUGUUAUGGUAGAUGAUCAGGACCUAUCAUCUUGUAUUGCAUAUAGCUUAAUAUCACCCGAAUACAAAAAAUCGUUGGAUAAUCUGUUUGAUGGCAAUGCCGUCGAACACAGCCCACAUUUAAAACGAAAGUCAUUGGAUGCUGGAUCUGCAACUGAAAUAGAUGAUAGUGGACUGAUCAAAGCAGAUAGUGCAGAUAGCAAGAAAAAUAAAACUGGUUCUCACAUAGAAAUUCAUUUUCAGGACUCGGCUACCCAAUUUACCUGUAAAGUAUAUUUUGCAAAAGAAUUCGAAAAUCUGCGUUGCAACUUUCUAGAAACGCCCAAAGUCACUACAGAGAACAAGAAUCAUACAGCGAAACGGGCCAAGCCCAUGGACGUCCCUAGUGAGCACGAUAAUAAAUCCAUCGGACGAAUGUUUGCUCGAUCUCUCUGUAGAAGUGUACGGUGGGAGGCCCAGGGCGGAAAAAGUGGCUCGAAAUUUAGUAAAACUAUCGACGAUCAGUUUGUCUUAAAAGAGAUGUCAAAGACAGAUAUUUCUAUUUUUGAAAAUUUCGCCCCAAAUUACUUCGAAUACUUGCAGCAAUGCCUUGCAAAGAAUCAACCAACAUUACUUGUGAAAAUCUUCGGAGUGUUCAAGGUGAUUGUGCGAAGAAGAGAAAAUGCAUCUAUAGAGAAAACCGUUCUGGUAAUGGAGAAUCUUUUUUGCAACAGAGAGAUAACCGACAAAUUUGAUCUUAAAGGAUCGUUACGCAAUCGAAUGGUAGAUCCCAAUCGUCAAUCUGGUGAAAUUGUGCUAAUGGAUGAAAACUUUAUGCAGAUGUCGUGGACAAAUCCGUUAUAUAUUCUUACCCACAGUCGUACAAUACUGAAGGAAGCGAUAGAUCGGGAUGCGUCAUUCCUAGAAAAGAACGAAGUAAUAGAUUACUCGUUAUUGGUAGGUUUGGACAACAAAGAGCGCUUACUGGUUGUUGGAAUCAUAGAUUACAUACGCACGUUUACACUAGAUAAGAGAGUUGAAUCUAUUAUCAAACAAUCUGGUAUUAUGGGAGGGCAUGGAAAACUACCAACUGUAGUUUCUCCGAAAAUGUACAAAAGUCGUUUCAGCGAGGCAAUGGACAGAUAUUUUCUGGCUGUUCCUGAUAGGUGGGAAGGAUUAGCAAAACAUACAGUUUCAUUACAUAAUAAGAUCUACUAGCGAGAAGGUUUAGCAAUAGCAAUUUAUAUACAUGUAUAAGUUAAUAAUCAAAUAAAUAACUGAUAUACAAUAUUA